UGUUCAUCAUGUUCUAAUUAAAAUUAAGUGAAUAAUUUAAAAUCUUUAAUUAAAUUAGGUGUUAUAUUGUAAUAAUUGUAUUAACAAGAGUAUAAAUAAAGGUAUAGAAAACGAAAAUGACAAUGAAGUGCAUCUUAUUAGUCGCUGUAGUUGCGGCUGUUUUACUCAAUUUAACCACUGCACUUUAUGAGGAUCAAAUAAAGAAAUUUGACUGGCGUAGCAUCAAUAUAGGUGCAUUGGAAUCUGCACACUUAGAUUUAAAUUCAUUUCAACCACGUUUAUUGGUUACCACACGUGAAAAUGUAGUUGCCUCACUUUGUCCGAAAACUGGUGAGAUUUUAUGGCGGCAAGUACUUGAAAAACUUCCACGGGGUAGUUUAAAAUUGCUACAAGUUACUGCAGCUAGUGGCGACAGUAGUAAUACUGCUGCAGCACGUGCAAAUUCUAAUCAUGGCUUCGAUAUGUUAACGGUGCAAGGACAUGCACCAGCAAUAGUACGCGGCUGGAACGCAAACUCUGCACACCUUGAAUGGGAAUGGUCUCUAAUGCCUUUACAACCAGAUCGUGCAGAGACUGCUUAUUGGUUUUAUCAAAAGGCUUUAUUAUACCAUGUUGUGCCUGUGUGGAACAGUCACUUGGAAGUGACACAGUAUUUUGCUACCAGUGGACAUCCUACAGGAACUACUAAUAAAAUUAGUGCUGCUUGGAUAACUAAAGAGCAGUGCACAAGUAGUGGUGUUUUUUACACUUGUACUAGCGGUGAUAAGUUAAUUAGUAUUGAUCUAACAGCAGCACAACCUAAAGUUUUAACUAAAACAUUACCUGUUCAGCCAUUUAGUGCUAUACAACCUUUGAAAGAAAUGAAUGGAGUUUAUGUUGUGGAUAGAAAAUUAUACAGUGUUAAUGAUGAAGUGAAAAUAUGUGAGGACCUGGUAAGCAAUAGUUAUGCUGUGGGCACUUACAACAAGAGACGUGUUAUAGCUCAAGCUGAUAUUGUGGACAAUUUCUUAAACAUUCAAGUUAACUAUGCGGAUAAUUGCGAAAAAAUUGAAGAAUUAACUAAUCGUGUUCCAUACGAGCAUAAUUAUGGCGUCCCAAUAUUGAGUACUUUAGAUUGCAAACUGAAACGUCAGAAUGACGGCAAGAGUUGUCUUUACAUUUUGGAAACAAGUGCGGAUAUGAUUUUAGCGGUACAGCAGAAUAAAAUACGCUGGUCGAGAGAAGAAGCCUUAGCAAAUGUGGUAGCUGCAGAUUUCAUAGACUUACCAUUGACUGAUACAGAGGGUACACUUGAAAAUGAGUUGAAAGGGAAAUCUGAGGAUUCAAAAGGAAUUGAGAGUGAUAUAUUGAGCGCUUUCUUAUUGCGAAUUUCCACACAAAUCUUACAAAUAAAGAGCAUCUUUUUACAUGUAAUUGGUUUGGCACCACCACCAAGCGCCACACAAAAAGCAGGCUUAGUACGUGAUUCAUUUGGCUUACACAAAAUGUUGGUUCUGUUGACGAAGAGUGGAAAAGUUUUUGGAAUUGAUAAUAUUAGUGGCAAACAUCAUUGGCAGCAGUUCUUACCAAAUGUUGGCAACUUUGAGAAUGGGGAAAAAAUGCGCUUACUCGUGCAACGUACUUCGAAACAUUUUCCUUUACAACCAUUAUGUACUAUUGUGGCUAAAGAAAAGAAUACAGGCAAUGGUUUACUUUUCCGUUUUAAUCCAAUUACUGGUCAGCAUGCAGAAGGUGGCAUACUUAAACUUGAUUAUAAAAUAAAGCAGUUAAGCUUAUUAGCUGAAACAGAAACUGAUUACAUUAAGGGUAUACUAACAAUUUCUGCAGAUGAUGGAAUAUAUGUUUAUCCCGAAAGUGUCAAAAAUAAGGCUCAUGGUAUGUACAUGUUCACAGCAGAUAAGAAUACAGCAGUCCUGAAGGGUUACUAUAUAACAUACGAACAAGGUAUACUAAAGAGCACCACUAUUUGGAAUGCUCGCUUGGGUGGUCAUAAUAAUGAUCACAAAAUCAUAGCCGUUGCUACGAAAAAUCCAAUUGAACGGGUACAUUCACAAGGACGUGUUUUGGGCGAUCGGUCUGUGCUCUACAAAUACAUAAAUCCAAAUUUGGUAGCAGUUGUUACACAAGCACCCGACAGUAUACAUAAAUUUAUUUUAAAUGUAUAUCUGAUUGAUGUUGUAUCUGGAUCGGUUGUGUUCUCACUGACACAUCGUAAAGUACGCGGCCCAUUGCAUAUCAUACACUCAGAAAACUGGUUGGCCUAUUCAUAUUACAAUGACAAAGUGCGACGCACUGAAAUAACUACCAUGGAACUUUACGAAGGCAAGACUCAAGCUAAUAGUAGUGUGUGGAGUUCACUUAAUGCACCACUCAUGCCAUUGGUGGAGCGACAAUCAUAUAUUCUACCUACAACAGUGGAAGCGAUGCAGGAAACAAUAACUGAGCGUGGCAUUACCAGUAAACAUGUAUUGAUCGGUAUAUCUAGUGGUGCUAUAGUAGAAAUGCCAUGGGCAUUAUUAGAUCCACGCAGACCAAUAUCAUCUACCACUCAGGGACGUGAAGAGGGUGCGAUUCCAUAUAUACCUGAAUUGCCAAUACCAAAUGAAAAUAUGAUCAAUUAUAAUCAGACCAUAGCACGUUUGAAUACCAUCUAUACUUCGCCAAGUGGUUUGGAGAGUACUUGCUUGGUAGCUGCUACAGGUUUAGAUAUAUUUGUUACACGCAUCACACCAUCGAAGACUUUUGAUAUUUUAAAAGAUGAUUUUGAUUACAUACUUAUAACGACUGUAUUAGUAGCUUUAAUUGUUGGUUCCAUAGUGGUACGUCAAUUAUCUUCAAGGAAGUUGAUAAAACAGGCUUGGAAGUAAUGUAUCAGCUAGUCUUCAGUCAAAUCAUCUACUACUAACAAAAAUAAGAAACAGCAUUA